AUGAUGGAUCAAGCCAGAUCAGCAUUCUCUACCUUGUUUGGUGGAGAACCAUUGUCCUAUACCCGGUUUAGUCUGGCACGGCAAGUAGAUGGUGAUAACAGCCAUGUGGAGAUGAAACUAGCUGCAGAUGAAGAAGAAAAUGUUGACAAUAACAUGAGGGGUAAUCAUGCCAGUGUCCCAAAACCAAAAAGGUGUAAUGGAUUUAUCUGCUAUGGGACUAUUGCUGUAGUCCUCUUUUUCUUGAUUGGAUUUAUGAUUGGCUACUUGGGCUACUGUAAACGUGUAGAACCAAAAGCUGAAUGUGAAAGACCAACAGGAACAGAGGCUCUGGGGACAGAGGGAACAGAACCCUCAGAAACAGAAGAGUACUUCCCUGAAACACCUUCUCGCUUAUUUUGGACGGACCUCAAAACAAUGUUGUCAGAGAGACUGAGUAACACAGAUUUCACCAACACCAUGAGGUGGCUGAAUGAAAAUUCGUAUGUGCCUCGUGAGGCUGGAUCUCAAAAAGAUGAAAGCCUUGCUUUAUUAAUUGAGAAUCGAUUCCGUGAAUUUCAACUUAGCAAAUCCUGGCGUGAUGAACAUUUUGUUAAGAUCCAGGUCAAAAGCAGCAAUGCUCAAAACACGGUGACCAUAGUGGAUAUGGAGAGUGACUUGGUAUACCUGGCGGAGAGUCCUGAGGGUUACGUGGCAUACAGUAAGGCAACGACAGUUACCGGUAGACUGGUCCAUGUUAAUUUUGGCACCAAAAAAGACUUCGAGAAUUUAAAAUCUCCUGUGAAUGGAUCUUUAGUGAUCGCUAGAGCAGGGAAAAUCACUUUUGCUGAAAAGGUUGCAAACGCUCAAAGUUAUAAUGCACUUGGUGUCUUGAUAUACAUGGACCAGGCUAGAUUUCCAAUUGUUAAUGCACGGAUUCCAUUCUUUGGACAUGCUCACCUGGGAACAGGUGACCCGUACACGCCUGGAUUCCCGUCAUUCAAUCACACUCAGUUUCCACCGUCUCAGUCGUCAGGAUUGCCCAGCAUACCUGUCCAAACAAUUUCCAGAGCUGCUGCAGAAAAGUUGUUUGAAAAUAUGGAAGGAGACUGUCCUUCUGCCUGGGAAAUAGACCCCUCGUGUAGGCUGGAAACGUCCUCAAACAAGAAUGUGAAUCUCACUGUGAACAAUGUGCUGAAAGAGAUAAGAAUUUUUAACGUUUUUGGAGUUAUUAAAGGUUUUGAAGAACCUGAUCGCUAUGUUGUAAUAGGGGCUCAGAGGGAUGCCUGGGGUCCUGGAGCUGCAAAGUCUAGCGUAGGAACAGCUCUCCUAUUGGAACUUGCCCGGAUAUUCUCUGAUAUGGUCUUAAAAGGUGGCUUUAAACCCAGCAGAAGCAUUGUCUUUGCCAGCUGGAGUGCUGGAGACUUUGGAGCAAUUGGUGCCACUGAAUGGCUAGAGGGAUACCUUUCUUCCUUGCAUUUAAAGGCUUUCACUUACAUUAAUCUGGAUAAAGCUAUUCUUGGUACCAGCAACUUCAAGGUUUCUGCAAGCCCACUGUUAUAUUCACUUCUUGAGAAAACGAUGAAAGAUGUGAAACAUCCAAUUACUGGGCAGUCUCUUUAUCGGGACAGCAACUGGAUCAACAAAGUCGAGAAAUUGUCUUUGGAUAAUGCUGCUUUCCCUUUCCUUGCGUAUUCUGGAAUCCCAGCAGUUUCUUUCUGUUUUUGUGAGGACACAGAUUAUCCUUACUUGGGUACUACCAUGGAUCUCUAUGAGAACCUGAAUCAGAAAAUUCCUCAGUUGAACAAAAUGGCACGUGGAGCAGCAGAAGUAGCUGGUCAGCUUAUAAUGAAACUUACCUAUGAUCUUGAAUUGAACCUGAACUAUGAGAUGUAUAAUGACAGAAUACUUUCAUUUGUGAGGGAUAUGAACCAAUUCAGGACAGACAUAAAGGAGAUGGGUCUGAACCUACAGUGGCUGUAUUCUGCUCGUGGAGACUUUUUCCGAGCCACCUCCAGACUAACAACAGAUUAUAAGAACGCAGAGAGAACAAACAGAUUUGUUAUGAGGGAGAUCAAUGACCGUAUCAUGAAAGUGGAACAUAACUUCCUGUCACCCUAUGUAUCUCCAAGAGAUUCUCCUUUCCGUCAUAUCUUCUGGGGUUCUGGCUCUCACACUCUGCCAGCUUUAGUGGAGCAUUUGAAGCUGCGUCAGAAAAAUAAGAGUGCUUUUAAUGAAACACUGUUGAGAAAUCAGUUGGCUCUAGCAACUUGGACUAUUCAAGGAGCUGCAAAUGCCCUCUCUGGUGACAUAUGGGACAUUGACAAUGAGCUUUAA